AUGGAGAAAAAAUCGAACUGGAAGAAUAAAUUCGAUGAUAAUGCUCAAUCAAUCCGACACGUUUCAUUUAUCGAGAUUUUGCGAUAUGCUCAACGACGAGAUUAUAUUUUGUUUGGUUUUGGUAUCAUAUUAUCAUUAGUGAACGGAGCAAUAACACCACUUACCUCUGUCUUCUUCAGAGGAAUGAUUGAUACAUUAAUAGCUGGUCAAGCAAAUCUUCAAAAUGGUACUUUCAACAUGGAAACAUACACACAUUCAGUGCUUACUUAUGCAUGCUUUUAUGCACUACUUGGUACUGCCAUAUUUCUUCUCGGAUUAUUUUCCAUGAGCUGUUUAUUUACAGCAAGUGAAUGUUGUGCUCACGAAAUUCGUAAGAGAUAUUUUGCUGCAUUAUUAAAGCAAGAAAUGGCUUGGUAUGAUAAACAAGAAGCUGGCGCACUUACCAAUAAAUUAUCCACCGGAAUAGAACAAAUCAAAAAUGGUAUAGGUGAUAAAUUCGGCAUUCUUUUGCAAGCUUCAGCUAAUUUAAUCUUUGGCAUUAUCGUUGCCUUCUACUACAGCUGGCGCAUCACUUUAUUAAUGCUUCUUAUCGCACCAAUUGUUACAUUGUUGUUGUUUGGGUCAAUUAAGGCGCUAACGGUUAUGAAAGGUAAAGAAAUGCUUGCAUACAAUGAAGCAGGAGCUGUUGCUAAUGAAGUUAUCAGCAAUAUUCGAACAGUUACCUCUUUCAAUGCGCAGUACACCGAAGUUCUUAGAUACAAAGAUCGUUUGAAAUAUGCGCAAAAAAUGGGUAUAAAAGGAGUGCUUAUUACUGGAAUUUUCACGGGUUUCUAUAUUUUCGUUCUCUUUGGUUCUAUGGGAUUUAUUUUCUGGUAUGGUACAAAUCUGGUGAUCGAUGGUGAAAUUACACCAGGCAUUAUGUUUGUUGCAUUUUGGGCUGUAAUGAUUGGCGCAAUACGUUUAGGUUAUGCGAUACCUCAAUUAGGAGUUUUCACUGCUGCAAAACUUGCUGCUGGCGAAGUAUUUCAAAUCAUCGAUCGAAAACCAGAAAUCAAUUGUAUAUCACAGCAUGGAUUAACUCCGUCACAUGUGGAUGGUCGUAUCGAAUUUCGUAAUAUCUAUUUCCAUUAUCCAACUCGACCGAACGUUAAAAUUUUGAAUAACAUAUCAUUCACGGUGAAUCCAGGUAGUACGGUUGCUUUAGUUGGACAUAGCGGUUGCGGUAAAUCAACCAUAAUCGGAUUGUUAUUAAGAUUCUAUGAACAACAAGCAGGAAAAAUUACAUUUGAUGGAAUACCAAUUAGCGAUUUGAAUAUUGAAUGGUUACGCAAGCAAAUUGGACUUGUUUCUCAAGAGCCAGUAAUAUUUGCAGCAACAGUGGAAGAGAAUUUAAAGCUGGGUAAUGAAGCGCUCAAUGAAAAUGAAAUGAUCGAAGCCUGCAGGAUAGCAAAUGCUCAUGAUUUCAUAAUGAAACUACCGAAAAAAUAUAAAACAUUGAUCGGUAUGGGUGGUGUACAGUUAUCUGGUGGUCAAAAACAACGCAUUGCUAUUGCUCGGGUUUUAGUUCGUGAUCCAAAGAUUUUGAUAUUCGAUGAAGCAACUAGUGCACUGGAUUCGGAAAGUGAAGUUGCUGUUCAGCUUGCACUUGACCGGGUUCGAGCUGGUCGUACCACAAUAACCAUAGCACAUCGUUUGUCAACAAUACGUAAUGCCGAUAAAAUUAUCGUUUUCAAAAAUGGCGAAAUCAUGGAAAGUGGUUCACACGAUGAGCUAAUGGCGUUGAAUGGAAUUUAUCGCGAAAGUGCAGAAAAGCAAGAAAUAGGCAAAGGCGCUGAUAGCGAUGAAUCUCUUACAUCAUAUCAACACAUGGACAGCGAGCAACAACUGAAGAAUAAGGAAGUCGAUACUAAGAGGGACAGUAAAUUACAUAGCAACGAAAUGAAUUAUGAAAAUGAAAAGAUCUCUAAUGAGCAAAUUGAUGAUAAAGUUGCAAAUGCAUCAAUUUUUGAUGUUUUAAAAUUUGCCAAGAAGGAAUGGCCGAUCAUUGCCGUAGCCUUAGCAUUUACAAUAGUACGAGGUUUAUCAUGGCCCGUUUUUUCAAUCAUUUAUGGUCGAACGUUCCUGGCGUUAUCCUCGCUGGAAAUAGACAAAAUGAUUAAAGAUACUGCACUAAAUGUUAUACUUUACCUCAUUUUGGGUAUUGUGGGUGGAUUUUCAACAUUUUCUUCCGGAACGCUAUUCGGUACAGCCGGUGAACUAAUGUCAAUGAGACUUCGUAUUGCACUUUUCACGAAUAUCUUGCGACAGGAUUUGUCAUUCUUCGAUAGCGACGAUCAUUCAGUUGGAAAAUUAACAGCGCGUCUGGCAAUCGAUGCAGAAAAUGUUAAAUCUGCAAUCGAUCAACGAUUGGCAGAAGUGCUACAAGGAAUUGUCUCAUUUUGCUUCGGUGUAAUUAUAGCAUUUUCAUUCGAUUGGAAAAUAGCAUGUGUUGGCUUCACUACUUGUUCUAUCCUCAUCAUUUUACAAUUUGCGAUUUCACAAUAUCUCAAAAUUCACGGUCAAAAGGAUACUAAAAUAGCCGAAAAAGCUGCUACUUUAGCUGCCGAAUCAAUCGAAAAUAUUCGAACUGUGCAAUAUUUAACUAAGCAGGAAUAUAUAUACCAAUCUUAUUGUUUUUCAUCACAGGAACCACAUAAACGAGCCAUUACACGAGGUUUUUGGCAAGCUUUAAUUUAUGCUAUGUCCAUCAGUUUGACGCCGUUCCAUUUUGCCAUUUCCUAUCUUUUCGGUCUUUGGUUGGUGCGAAAUUCAUGGUCUAAACCAUAUCAUAUUUUUCAGGUAAUUGAAUCACUGAAUGUGGCAUCAUUUACCGUACUUGUGGCAGCAUCCUUCUUGCCAGAAUACAUACGAGCACGUAUUUCAGCAAGUUUAACAUUCCAUAUCAAAAAUUACGUUCCACUUAUAGACAAUUUGUCUGAGAAUGGCAUUCAACAGCCACUGAAAGGAAAUAUUCAACUGAAAGAUGUUUGCUUCACAUAUCCAAUGUUUCGUCAACAUGCAGUCCUCAGAAAAUUUUCGAUGUCCGCAACGUUUGGUCAGAAGGUAGCACUAGUAGGAUUAAGUGGAUGUGGUAAAAGUACGGUGAUCAAAUUAUUGGAACGAUUUUAUGAUGCUACUGAGGGCAUUUUGUUUAUCGACGAUCGAGACAUCAAAAGUUAUAAUGUUCGGUACCUUCGAUCACACAUUGCCCUGGUAGAUCAAGAACCAACAUUAUUCAAUGUAAGUAUUCGAGACAAUAUUGCAUAUGGCUCGGAUAAUGCAUCACAGGAUCAAAUUGAAGCAGCUGCGAAAUUAGCCAAUAUUCAUAACUAUAUUGCCUCUUUACCGCAGAGUUAUGAUACAAUUGUUGGUUCAAAGGGAGCUCAACUGUCCGGUGGCCAAAAACAGCGAAUUGCAAUUGCGAGAGCAGUUAUAAGAAAUCCAAAAAUACUACUUCUUGAUGAAGCUACUAGUGCGUUGGAUAGUGAAAAUGAAAAGAUGGUACAAGAAGCGCUGGAAGCUGCACGUCAUAAUCGCACUUGCAUUGUGGUCGCACAUCGUUUGAAAACAAUUCAGGACGCCGAUUUAAUAAUUGUUUUAAAAGAUGGUGAAAUGGUAGAAUGUGGUAAUCACACUCAAUUAUUAGCUAAAAAACGUUUAUACUAUAACCUAGUUGAAAAACAGAAGGUACUAUAA